AUGGGCGUGGGUGCCAGUCGGGAUCGCACGUCGUACGCGUCUCUUGAGCACGAUGGAAACGGCUACUUGACGACUGGCGUUGACAUCAGGGUGAUCAACUUGCUCUUGGAAGAAGUGCAGGCCCUCAAGGUCAAAGAUCAGCAGCAGGAGAAAACCGGGGAUGAGGCAUCGAAGAAGGCAUCGAAGAAGGCGUGGACAACGGCAGACGUGUGCCAGCAUGUGGUUGUUCCCGCCACAUUCGCAAGCGAUUGCUCUUUCGCGCAGCUCAUCACGCGCGCAGUGACGCAAGCGGAUGCGUCACGUGGCACACGAAGCAAGGAGGUCACCGCGGAUAACGACGGCGACAGGGAUGUCGCUGACGAGGACGCCCACACCCACACACCUACAUCAUCGCAGUCAGACGAGCCACCAUCACACACCACUCCUGCCAUUCGAAGCGACACGGACAAGCAGCGCACCGCAGCUUCUUACGCGGACGCCUCGGCCCGUAUCAGAGCGAAGCUCCGACGCCUGCACGACACCAACAACACGCAGCAACAGCAAGGGCAAGGUGCUCGAUCGCUGGUUGGGCGUGCCACCGUGUUCAUCUCGCACGCUUGGCGCUUCCCGUUUGAGGAAGUGGCCAGCGUCAUGCAGGAUAUGGCAGCAGAGGACCCAGCGACCUACUUCUGGUUCGACCUCGUGUGCAACAACCAGGUGUCGACCACGGCGCUGCCGCACGACUUCUGGAGCAACACGUUCUCCUCCGCCAUUGAUGACAUUGGUCGCGUCGCCGUGAUCUUCUCCCCGUGGUACGACCCCGUGCCUCUGCAGCGGUCGUGGUGCCUGUGGGAAAUCAACUGCGGUAUGCAGACGGCGGCGUUUGAGGUGCGCGUGCCACGCGCCCAACAGGCGCUCAUGCACGAGGGAAUUCUGACAGACUUCUCUGCGCUGCCAACAGCGCUCGCUCGCAUCGACGCAGAGAAGGCCGAGGCGACCAAGCAGAGCGACGCAACCAUGAUUGCCGGCACGAUCCGCCGCGGCAUGGGCUUUUCCGCCUUCAACUACGCCGUGAAGGAGAAGCUCAGGCAGUGGUAUCUUGACGCGGCAGAGGCUGCGCUCCCAAGUCACCCUGAUCAGCAGUCGCUCGCGUAUGCGCACGUGUGCUUGCAGGUUGCUGUCGUGCAGGGCCAGUUUGACCGCAUCGACGCCGCAAUUGCCAAUGUGCGGCGCGCACUGGACAUCUACGAUGCCAAGCUCUCGCCGUCAGACACCAAGGUCAUCAGCGCACUCAACAACCACGCUGGCCUGCUGCUGGCACAGCACAAGGCGCGUGAGGCGCAGGCUGUGCUCGACCAGGCGUGGGACCGUAUGCGCACCCUCGAGUCCAGCAGCAGCAGCAGCAAUGACGAGAACAGUGGCGAUGACGGCAGCAACAACAACCACAGCAACAACCACAGCAGCAACAGCAACAGCAGCAACAGCAACAGCAACAAUUACGACGAGAGUGAUGACAGCAACAACAGUGGAAAUGAUGAUAGCUGCGAUGGCAAGAAUGCCGACGCCGAGCAAGUGCUGUUGCUGCGGGCAGCGCUGCUGAACAACGCGGGGAAAGUACUCGACAGCAAGGGCGAUCACGACGCAGCAGUCGACAUGCACAAGGAGGCCAUGGCGGCCUUGAAGCGCGUGCACGGGCCGGAGAGCGUGCAGGUUGCAACGUCGCUCAACAACAUCGGCACCUCCCUUCACGGUGCGCGGCGGCUUGAAGAGGCGGCGGCCACGCACAGGGAAGCGCUUGCGCUGCGCGUGAAGCUGCUCGGUGGCCGCCACGUCGACGCAGCCAACAGCCACGAGCGCCUGGCAGAUGUGCUGGCAGAGCUUGCGGAGGACAGCGAUGCAACGCGGCACUACAACGAGGCGCUGAGCAUCAAGGAGGAGAACUUGGGCAAGGGCCACCCGGAUGUUGCGAGGUUGCAGACGUCGCUCAAGCACAUGAAGCAGAAGCGCGAGCGCAGUACUGGAACUGCUGUGGUGGCGGAGGCGCAGCCUGAGCAGCCACCUCUGCCAGUGGCAGGCAGGCAGCGCCACGCAAUACCGCAGCAAAUGCUGUUCACGAGUGACUUGAGACGUGAUGUGCCAACACAGUUGGCAAUGCCGCAGCAAAUGCUCUACACCAACGUCAUCUGGAAGAACCCAACCUGAACCCUUGUGUGUGUACCUGUGUGUGUGUGUGUGUGUGUGUG